AUGAUAUAUUUUGAUAUCCCCCCAAAGAAUAAUCUUUCAUAUGAAAUUUACGAUGCACAAUCAUUAAUUGAUAUCAAGAGGAUACAUUCAUCUCUGAAUAAUUCAUGUGGAUUUAACAGUCUUGAAAAUAAAGGAAAAUAUAAACAAAAACAAUUUGAAGAAUAUUUGAUUUUUUUGCAAGAAAAGGAUAAUAUAUACAUUAACAAUAAUAAUCAAAUCGACAGAAAUGAAAACCAUUUUAAUAUAAUAAAAAAUAAAACAGAACAUAAAAAAAAGGAAAUCUACAAUGUAACAACUUAUACAGAUAUUGUUGCUGAGCAAAAUCCACAAGAAAAACAAAAAGGGCCAUAUUCACAUAAUCAAUAUUAUAUGAAUCAUAACUAUAAUAAGCAUUAUAUAAUGGAUAGACAUCAUCAAAAUAACACACAUGAUAACAUUAAUAAUCAUUAUAUAGGACAUAAAGAUCAUUUAUAUGACACACAUUAUACUAGUAAUAAACAGAAAAAACAAAAGAUAAAUAUCAAAACCAAAAUUAAAGCAUAUAUAUCUAAAUUACGUAUAUCAUCCAAAAUAAACAAAAUACAAAAUAUAUUAUAUAAAGUAAAUAUUAUCAAAAAAAAAAACAAAUCUCUAAAUAAACCUAAAGCAUACUCAUUUUUUAAAUUCAAAUUUUCUACACUACAAAAAGAAUAUCAUAAAAAAAAAAAAAACAUAUACAAAAACAAAAUAGGUAAGCAUACAAUGGAAAAUUUUAAAUUUUCAGACAAUAAUUUACCUUUAUAUAAAGAUCAUUUUUCCUCUAAAUAUGCUCAAAAUAAUAAUUAUGGAUAUACUUCAGUUAAUAUGAAUGAACAAACACAUUUUUGUUAUACUAAUCAAGAAGAUGCACAUAAAAAGAAACAACAAAAUUACCAACAUAUGAAUGUAAAAGUUCAAAUUUGUUCAAAUAUGAUACAAGAUAAAAAGGACAAUGAAAAACAUUGUAAAAAUUGCAAACCAUUUAUAAUUAAUUUUGAACAAAAUAUUAAUAAUUUGGAUAAGAAAAAAAAAAUAAAAAAUAAAAAAAAAAUGACAAAAGCCAAAUAUAAGAAAAAUGAAAAAUUUUCCAAUAAUUACAUAGAAAAUUAUCAAAAUUGUAUCAAAUUAUAUAAACUUCACAAAUAUAUAAUGAAUAAUAUAUUAAAGAACAAACUUAUAUAUGAAGUAUACAUAAGACAUAUAUUACAAACUGAAUUUUUUAAAAUAAUGUUUGUUCUUUAUCUAGAAGAAUUAUGUUAUAGCAUAAAAAAAAUGAAUUAUAGUAAUCAGUAUUGUACAUUUAUCAAAUGGAUUAAUAAUAAUAAUAAUAGCAUAUAUAUCAAAUAUAUGAUAACAUAUAUUUUUCAAAAUAUAUAUCAUGUAAAAAAUGAAUUAAAGGAUAUUAUAAACUUCAAAAUAUUUUACAAGGAUCAUACCAACACACACAUUUUAAUAUAUAUAUAUAUUUAUUAUUAUAUAUAUUCUAUGUAUUUAAAAUUUAAAAUAAAUAAGCAUAGCAUUCUUUCUACGAAUAAAUUUUUGUUUAAUAAGGAUACAUUCAAUAUAUCAGAUAAAUUUAUCUUGUUGUCACAUAGUAUAAAUGUCCUAGUACAUAAUAUAUACAAAAUAUAUAUUCUGAACCAAAUAUGUAAAUAUUUUAUAUAUUUAAAAUUGAACCUAAUAAAUCAACUAUUGUAUAUAAUUCCUUUUGAUAGUACCAAAUUGCAUUUUCCGCAAUCCCAAUAUUAUGAAAAAAGUAUGCUUAUUUACAUCCAAAUUUUAUAUCAUAUAUUUUUUUGUAUUCAUCACUUCAUAUCAUUUUUUCAAAAUGAAUUAAAAAUGAAGAAAUAUGAUAUUUCAUCUAUAUGUGUAUAUUCCAUAUCACAAAUAUGCUUAAAUUAUAUUUUACAGAAUUAUUAUGAUACAUUCGAAUAUCACAACAUAACAGAUAAAAAUGAUACUAUAAAUAAUUAUAAUAGUAGUAAUGAUAACAAUUCUGUUGAUAAAUAUGUUAUUUCAUGUCUUAUGUACAUGAAUAUAUAUAUUGAAGAAUCCAUCAUCAUAAAAUAUAUUAUAAUAAUUUUAUUUUGUAUUCAUUGUGAUUUAUUUUUCAAAUAUAUUUCCUAUUUGGAAAAUAUAUACAUUUCAAAAAAAAAUAUUCCUUUAUAUUGUUAUAAAGAGAGUCAUCAUAUAUCAUUAUAUAAUUAUAUAGAGAAGAUUAUUUCAUCUAUCUUUUUGUUUUAUUUUAUUUAUUCCGAAUUUGAUAUAUAUCAAAAUGUUAUAUAUUUUACAAAACAUUUACACAGGAUGGCACAUAUCUUACAUUUUUGUGAUCAACUAAAUAUAUCAUCAUCCUACAUUCAAAAAAAUAUAUAUUUUCUAGACGAAUAUAUAUACUAUAAAUUUUUUAGUGUAUUCAUUCAAAAUAUAUUGUAUAAUCUUAUGCCUUCAACAUCUGCAAUAAGAAUUACAGAAAAUGAACGUAUUUGCUAUCUACUAUCAUUGUUAAAAAUAAUGAUAUGUUAUAAUUAUUAUUAUAACAUAUUAAUAAAAGGGAAUAUCAAAAUAAAUUUCAUUCGAAGGGAACCUCUCUUUAUUUUGAACGAUAUAGAGACCAUAAAAAUAUUAAUCAAGCCAUUAGCUUAUAAUAUUCUGUGUAACAAUAUUUAUAAUUAUUAUCGUAAUAAACUUGAUAUUAUUAUUGCUUUAUAUAAUCUAUACACAAUAUAUAAUAUAUUACCUUAUGAAGAUAAUAUUAAAUCAUUUAACCCAUCGAAUUAUUAUAUCCCUUUAAAUGAUGAAGACAAUAUAAAGAAAACUCAAGUUGUAUUUUUACCUAAAUCAUUAAAAAUAAAACAAAAACUUUUGGUUAAAAAAUAUAAUGGAAUGCAUUUUUAUGAAAACAUAAAUAUCGAUUAUUAUUUUGAUAAAUAUAAAAGUGAAAUAUAUAGUGAUCAAUAUGAUCAAAUUAAAAAGACGGGAGAAUACUUAAAUAUUUUCAAACAAAAAUAUAAAAAGAAUGAUAUUGCAAAGAAUGAAUUAGAAAAAAAAAAUUACAUUAUAUAUAAAAUGAAAAAGGAAUUAAAAAUUUUGAUUAAUUAUAUUAUAUAUUAUUACAGUAAAUUAAUUUUUAAUUAUUAUAUAUAUUAUAUAUUACCAUAUGAAAAAGGAACAUUUAUCUAUAAAAAAAAUGAACAAAGAAAUAUAAACAUCUAUUAUAAUUACCUGAAUAAAUAUAAAAAUUUAAAACCACAACAUAUAUUAAAUGUAUCUACAAAGAUUAACAAUGAUAAGAAUAUGUAUAAAUUUUUAAACAAAAUAUAUAAUAAUAAUAUAUUUACACAUAUAUGUGCAACAUGUAAUAUCAACAACAUUAAUCUAUAUCAAAGAUAUUUAAAAUUUUAUAAUUGCUCUAGAAUGCAUAUUAAGCAAAUAAAGAAAAAUUUUAUGACAAAAAAUAGAGACACUAAUAAAUGUACUACAGUAAUUUUGUUGGGUAGUGACCAAGAAAAAGAAUACAAAAAAAAGCAGAUUCCUGGAACUCCUGUCUCAUUGAAAAAUAUAUUUAGAAAGAUUUGCAAACAAUGGAGCAUUAUUAAAAAGAAGGAAAAGUAUAUAGCGCUAUUUAUUUAUAGCAUUAUGAUAAAAUUAUAUGCCGAAAGGGAUAAUAUGCAUGUACAUGUUUCCAAAGAACGAAAUAAUAUGAAAGGUAAUAAUAGAAAAGGAAGUAAUGAAACAUCUGAUAACAGAAAUAAUAAAAACAAUAAGUGUUACAACAAGAAAAAUAAUAAUAAAAAUAAUAAUAAUAAUAACUGUUAUAAUAAUAGCAGUUAUAAUAGUAAGAACAAUAACCACAACAAUAAUAAUAACAGCAAUAAUAACAAUAAUAGUAAUAAUAAUAAUAAUAAUAAUCCAAAUGAUGAUAAUAAUGAAGACGACAAAAAUAACAACAACAAAAACACUGACAAGAAUAACAAAAAUAAUAAUAUUAAUACUAAUAGGAGAAGACGAAAAAGAAGAAAUGAUCAUGAUGACAAACGAAUAAAUAAAAGAAAUAAAAAUAUUAAUAAAAAAGCUACAACUAGUAAUAUAGAUAAGAAAAAAAUUAACACCAAAAGAAAAAACAAUCAAAGGGAUAGAUCUAAUGUGAAUAUAAUUAAAAAGACACAAAAUGAAAGCUCAAAGGAAAAUAUAAAUAAUGAUAAUAUUCGUAUGCAAAAGAAUAAAAUGAAUGAAAAAGAUAAUAUAAAGGCACAAAUUAUGAAUAAUAAUAUAACUGAACAAAAAAAAGAAUGUAAUACUAUACAACAGAAAAAAGAAAAUAAAACUAUACAACAAAAAAAAGAAAGUAGUACUAUUCAACAGAAAGAAAAAAGUAAUAAUAUUGAACAAAAAAAAGAAAAUAAUAAUGAAAAAAAACGCGAAAAUAAUACCGAAAAAAACCGAGAAAAUAAUAAUAAUAAUGAAGAAAAACACGAAAAUAAUAACGAAAAAAACUGCGAAAAUAAUAAUAAUAAUAAUGAAAAAAAUCGAGAAAAUAAUAAUAAUGAAAAAAAAAGUGAGAAUAACGCUAAUAAUUCUAAUCCUAAGGAAAUAUUAAAAGAUAUUAUGUUUUGUUGUAACGCAUUAAAUGAAUAUUCAGCUUAUAUAAAAACUUUAGAUUAUGAUAUAAAAUUUGGUAAUACAUAUGUUAAAUUAAAAAAGAAAUUAAGUUCUCAAAAUAAAUGUCAAUUCGAAGUAUAUGAAGCUGAAAUUGUAGCAGUAGAUAAUUUCUGUAAUUUUCUAUAUCCAAAAAGGGAAAAUUUUGAUAACUUCUUUUAUGUUUUAAAAAAAUAUAUUAAUAAUUAUGAUUAUUUAAAAAUCAGUGCAAAUAAUUUAGAAGGAUUAAAUACGAAUUCAGAAAAUGAAUAUGCCAACGCAAUUAUAGACAUUGAUGAAAAAAAUAUACAUGAUUUUAUAAGAACUUGUGAGGAUUUAAAUGCUAUUUUUAAAUAUAUAGUGGAUGGUAUUUUACAUUCUCAAAAUUAUUAUAAUCAAAAUUUACCUUUCCCUACAAAAAAUAAUAUAAAUAAUAUAAACACACAUCCAAAUAUAUUGUCUUUUAAUAUGAAAGAUAAUAAUAUGAAUAUACAAUUUAAUAAUGAAAAUAUAUGUUCCAAUUCUAAUGAACAUUUGAAGAAUUGCGACAAGGAUUUGGAAUUAUUGCGAAAUAUAAAUCAAAGUGUAAAUAUGGAAGAAGAAAAAAGGAAAGAAAUUAAUAAUAUUCAUACUAAUGAUUAUAUGAACAAAAUUAAUGGUAAUAAUAAUAAUAAUAAUAAUAAUAACAGUAUCAUUGGAAAUGUUGUAAAUAACAAAAAUAAUGUAAAUGAUAUGUAUAGCUCAAGAAUAGUAAAUAUACAAAAAAAUGUUAUUACAGAUAGUAAUAUAGUAGAAACUAAUUCUUUCAAUAAAGAAAAUAAAUCUAUUAUAAGUACAGAUAAUAAUUUUAUUAAUUCAAAUUUUCAUUAUACAAGUGUAAAAAAAAAUUAUAAUCAAAUUAAUUCCAAUUUGUUAAAUAAUAAAAAUAGUAGUGCAAGUUGUUCAGUUGUAAAAAAAGAUCAAAAAAGAGAAAGUUUCAGACCUAAUGAAAGUAUAGGACCUGUCAUGUUAAAAUCAACUAAUAGUAGAAUUAUAGAUAAUGAGAAAAAAGAAAAAGAUCAUCCCAUAAACAUUUUUAAUAAUAGUACAUAUAAUAAUAUCAACUUUCUUAAUGAUGAAAAUUUUGUCAAUCUUCAAAAUGGGCCAUUUAAUUCUAACAUGAUAAAUAAUGCACAAAUUAUAAAUAAUGGUGACAUAUCAAAUAAUCAAAAUGUAAUUAAUAAUCCCAAUUUAUCAAAUUAUCAAAAUUUAUCAUAUUAUCAAAACUUAUCGAAUAUUCAGCAUAUGUCUUAUAAUAUAAAUAGUACGAACCUAUUAUUUGAUAAUGUUCUAUUAAGCGAAGAUAUAUUAUGCCAACACCUAAUUGAAGCAACACGCACAGUUAAAGUCUUAAAAAAAUUUGGUUAUAAAUCGUUGUAUGAUAUUUUGAAAGAUAAAUAUAGACAUUAUCUAUUAGAGAAAAUGAAUAUAGAAUGUACUACUCUGUAUAAUAUUAUUAAACAUAUAACUAAAUAUAAUUAUAUUAAUGAUUCUAUAAAUAACCCAUUUACUAUAUAUCAUAGAACUAUUAACAAUAUAUCAAAUAAUAAAUUUGCUAUCAAAAUAUUAAAUAUUCAUUCAUGUAAUAUAUAUAAAUUAAAAUAUAAAGUACAUAGUUUGUUAUCAGAAGGAAAACAACUAAAAAAUGUCAACAAAGAAAUAGCAGAUUAUAUAAAAAAUCAUUAUUUGUUAAAAAAUAGAUAUAAAUUCACUAAAGAUAUAAAAGAAGUAAUUACUUAUAAAAACAAUAUAACAAAUGAGAAGAACAAUAAUGAGAAUAUAUUUAAAAAUUAUAUCAUUCCAAAUGUUAUACAAAAUGAUAUUCAUAUUAAUAAUAAUGUAAAUCUAAAUGGAUAUAAUACUUUACAUUAUAACAAUAUUAUGAAAAAUCAUUUCUUGGAAGAAUAUCAUAAUGUACCAAAAAAUUUUGAUAUAUCUACAAAUAAAAAAAAUAUUAAUGGUAAUGAUACGAAUAGUAGCACAAAUAAUAUUGAUAAUAAUUCUCAUAAUAAUUCUCAUAAUAAUAAUAGUAAUAUUCAUAAAAUUAAUAUGACACUACAAAAUUAUAUGUUGCAAAAUCAUUUUACACAACAUAUAUGUAAACAGUGUCUAAACACAUUUUAUGAUGAAAAGGAAAUCUCCCUUUUUAAUCAACUAAAUGAAAUUGCAAAUAAUUUCAUUGAUCAAAUGUGUAUCCCUACCAGUAAUAAUAAUAUAUCAUCAAAUGGACGAUCCUCUAAGAAAAGAUUAGGUGGAGAUAAUAAUAAUGAUAAUGUAGCUACUUCUAAAAACGGAGAAUGUACUGAAAAAAAUAACGACCAAACAAAUACAAAUAGAAUGCAACCAGAAAUGAAGAAAAGUAGAAAGGGGUCAAGAGGAAAUAGCAAAAAUAGAGCAAAUACACAAAAUGUUACAUCACGCGAUAUACACAAAUUGAAUGAAGAAAACAAAAAAACAAAUAACGAAGUAUCUAAAUCUGAAAAAUAUAAUAAUUAUAAUAAAAAUGACAAAAAAUCUCAAGGGGAUAAAAAUAUUUAUGGAAUUCAUAAAGAUAGAAAAAAAGAAGAUAAUACAAAAGAAAAAAAAAAUAUAAAGGAAAUUAAGAAGGAUAAUAACUAUGACUUAAUGAAAAAUAUCAAUUCUGAAAAAUCUCAUAUUUUAAAAGAAACCAAAUUAAUAAACAAAAACAAUAAACAUAUAAAAAAUAAAGAGAAUAUACAAAAUGUACAAAAUAAUAAGAACGAAAAUUUAAUAAAAGCAAAUAAAAUUAACAUGAAUCAUAAUAUAUAUAUGGAUAAUAAACCAAUACAAAAAAGUAUUUAUUCUAAUAUGAACGAAACAUUACCUAACUUUUUUCCUCGUUACACAGAAAAUACAUCCUCGUUCUUUAAUCAACUUUAUAAUGUUGCUAUAUGUAAUUCUUUACAUAAUCAAUCAAUGAAUCAGUUAUCAUAUGAUAAUAGAAAAAAUGAAAUGUUUUCUUGUGAACCAUUUAAUUUUUAUAUAAAUCAUAUGAGAAAUAUAAAAUAUCAUUUGUGUCCAGCAUGCAAAAAUAGAAAGGAAGAGUAUUACAAAUAUGAUAUAAAUGAUAAAAAAAAUAAUAAGAUUUUUGGACAAACAUAUGAUACAUAUGAAGAAUAUGAAAAAUAUAUAUCAAACGAAAUAAGGAAAAUACGAUAUAAUUCUAUACCCAAAUAUUUAUGGUCUUCUGUUGGAAUUACUAAAGAUAAUGAAGAGGUUUUAGGUGUAGCUAUGCAAUUGAUUGAAGGAUGUACCUUAACUUAUAUUAUACAAAAAUUAAAGGGAACUGACAAUGUAAAUUAUGGAUACUUCUUAUUAGAUAUAGCUAAAAAAUUAGUAAAACAAUUAAAAAUAAUAUGUGAAACAAUACAUAAUCCAAUCAUUAAUUGGGAUACCAAACCAGGAAAUGUAAUGGUACAAUAUCAAAUGAAAAAUUCAAAACUUACAUGUAAAAAUGUUACUAUUAUUGAUAUUGGUGAUGCUUUACCUGGAAAAGCCUUUUAUUUCCCAACUAAUCCUUCUUACUAUGAAAAAAUUAAAAUGAACAAUUGCCAAAAAAACUUCAAUAAUUUCUUAUAUUAUGUUAUAUGUACUAAAGGAUAUUGCUCACCUGAAUGUGCUCUUUUAGUUUUCUUACUAUCAUCAUUAAAUAAAUCUGAUCAAUUUAGAAAAUCCUGGUAUGGACAAGAUUCAAAUAUUUUUCAUAUUAAUAAAACAAAACAUUUGAGAAUUAAAUAUAGAUGGAAAAAAUUAUUAGAACUUCGUUAUAUACAACCAAUAAUAAAAAAAAAUGAACCUUAUUAUUAUCUUCAUGAAAAUGUUAUAAAAGGGACUACCAGUAAAUGUGAAAAUUGUCUUAAUCAUGAAUCUUGUGAUGAUUCAAGUACUAUAAAUAAUAUAUCGGAUAAUCAAAGAUCGUCUAUUUCUAGGAAUGAUGUAAAUAUGUAUAUGAAUGCUGGUUCUCAAGCAGUUCACAAAGGUGCAGCAUAUAAUAUGGGAUACCCUAGUAAUAUGAAUAAUAUGAAUAAUGUGAAUAAUCUGAAUAAUGUGAAUAAUAUGAAUAAUGUGAAUAAUAUGAAUAAUAUCAAUAAUAUCAAUAAUAUCAAUAGUGUCAAUAAUAUCAAUAAUAUCAAUAAUGUGAAUUAUAUGGGAAACAUUAACAAUAUGAGUAACAUUCAAAAUGUCAUAAGUGCUGAUAAUUUAAUCCAUAUAAACAACAAUAAUUUUAAUAAUAUUAUAACUGCUCAUAACCAAGGUACCGAUAUAAAAUAUGAUACAAAUAAAUCAUAUGACAAUAGCACAAUUCCUCGCGAAAAUAGUUGCCAGAACUCGUCAAAUGAAAAUGUAAAUAAUUUAAUCAAUAAUAAUGAUAAUAAAGAUAGAAUAAAUAAAAAGAAUAGCAAUAGCAUGAACAAUAAUAAUAAUAAUAAUGAUAAUCCCAGUAAUUAUAAUAAGAAAGAAAAAAAACUUCUAAAUGAAGAAAUAGAUGAUGCUUUAGAAAAUUAUUAUUUAUAUAAUGUAUGCACACAUGAUAUUAAAGACGAAGGAGAAAAUGAACAUUAUUCUGAUAAUGAAGAAAUAAAACAAUAUUUUUCUGAAAAAGAGAAAGUAAUAAAAGAUAUAGAAAAUAAUUAUAAUGAUGAAAAAAAGAAAAAGAAAAAAAAAGAAUAUGAUGGAUAUAAAUUACAUAAUAUAGAUACAUGGAUAAUUAAAUUUACAUCCAAAACAACAAUAUUUAGUGUUGGUUUAGUAUUAUGUCAAUUAUUCGGUGGACAUAAUUUAUUAAAUAUUGUUAAUAAAAAUGAAGUUAAAGUAGUUGAUGUACUAUGUGAAUGGAAUUGUAAAAAUAGUUCAAAUAUUUAUUCAGAAGAUCCAAAUAUUACUAUAGAUGAUUUAUUACCAAACAAAGGUAUCUUUUCUAAUGAUAUGUGGAAAAGUAAAAUUAAACUUAUUAUAGAAAAAUGUCUACAAUUUAUACCUUCUAGAAGAUGUACUUUUAAAGAAUUAUAUGAAGAUAUUAAAAAACUCCAAGAAGACUAUGAAGAAUAUUAUAAUAUAAACACUAGCGAAUCCAACACAACCCAAUAG